AUGGUCGCAGGCAGAGGGUUUGCUGAGGACCCCCUCGUCAAGCUGGCCAUCAGCUUUGCGCUGGCGCAGAGCACCAAGCUGAGCGUGCUGGAGGAGCGGACGCGCGUGCUGGGGCGCCAGCUCAGCCGCCUGCCCGUCUACCUGGCGGAGACCGGGGACGUCCCGGUCAGCGAGAAGCAGAUCAUGAAGCACAUGGGCACGCUGUUCCAGUCCAUGUCUGCCGUCAACCUGCUGGGGCGGGUGCUGGACACGCCCGACUCCAUCACCUCCGCCCCAGACAAUAUUGGCUCUCUGUACAAGUCGGUUUAUGAGUACCUGGAAGUGCUGCAGCGGGUGCACCUUCUCAACGACCGCUUCAGCGUGAUGCAGGAGCUGCUCGACAUUCUGAGGGUGCAUGUGCAGAAGAGCUACUACUCGCGCCUCGAGUAUGCGGUGAUGUGGCUGGUGGGCGUGUGUGCAGUGGUGGCGAUGGGCCAGCUGGUGGCGCUGUUCUUCUGGGAGCCGCCGUGGCAACCCCCUGAGAGCAGCCAAGGGUGA